AUGGCAGGCAUCGCGAACGAGACCUCCGAUUAUGAUGAUGGUACUGGUAGUUAUCCUGUGCUCGAAUCAUCAUUCUCGAAAAAAUUCAAAUUCAGUUUUCUACUCGCUUGCUUAAUUCCAUCGACUAUUUGCAGCUUAACCCUGUUCUACUACUUCAUACGGCUAUCUGAAUUGCAUAGAAAACGACAUAAUUAUGUGAUAAUAUGUUUAUUAGUUUGCAAUUUUCUCAUCGCAACAACUGAACUACCUGUCACUCUCACGUAUAUUCACUUCGAUCAGUUAGUUCCUCCAUCUUCCUCACUUUGUUUCUACUGGAUCUUUAUGAACUACCUUCUUUUCCCAACAAGUGGUUGGAUUAUGGCUAUCGCCUCACUCCAACGCUACUUUUUCAUCUUUCACAAACAGUUCAUCAACACUCAUCUCAAACACUAUCUACCGAUCGCUCUACCACCGAUCCUUCUUUUCAUCUGGUACACUGCACUCAUCUUCUUCUAUCCCUGCCAGCAGUUCUUUGAUUACACGCAGCUGUGGUGCAUUGGUGCUUGCUAUGUAUUUGAGGGAACGAUCGGUACAAUUGAUUGGAUACUCAGUUCGUUGGUUCCUGUAAUACUGACGAUCGUAUUUAACAUUGUUCUUUGUGUGCGUGUCGUUUAUCAAAAGUAUAAAAUGCAUCGUGGUCGAACAUGGCGAACCACGCGAAAGCUUGCACUUCAAAUAUUUAUGAUUUCGUUUCUCUUUCUUGGUAUUUAUCUACCAUUGACACUCUUUGGCCUGAUCCGUCUUUGGUUCGAUCCCAUGUUUUUGCUUGUUUUAACAAUGGUCUAUUUUGCGUACAUUGUGUAUCUUGUUCCACUCCUAAUGCCAUUUAUAUGUUUAAUAAGCAUGCCUGAAAUCACAGCUAAGAUCAAACGCACAUUACAUCCUGGUACUCGAAUUGAACCAACACUUUUUCAACAACUCCCCUUGACUAUGAUUACAAGACGGCACAUGCAAGUUCAAAACGCCAGAAUUUAA